AUAUAACUGGAAUCCUUAUCACAACUCCGAGACUAACAGGGUUCUCGGUUUAUUCGACAUUUUCAAGAUCACUACACAGACAUAUCAUUCACGAUGGCUCCUCAGCUUCUCUGGAUCGGGCUGGGUAAUAUGGGAAGGGGCAUGUGCAAAAACAUAGUCGAAAAGGGCAAUCUCGACAAGCCUCUCCUUCUCUACAACCGCACCCAGAAGCGCGCAGAGGAGCUCAAGGCAACACUCCCCGAGGGCAAAGCCGAAGUCGUAGCCGACCUGGCUGCCGCCGUGGCCAAAGCGGACAUCAUCUUCAGCUGCGUCGCCAACGACCAAGUGGCCGAGGCGACGCUGCUGGGGCCCUCGGUCCAGGGUGUGCCGGGCGGCGUGGCGGGCAAGCUCUUCGUCGAGUGCUCCACCAUACACCCGGACACCACCGAGCGGCUGGAGAAGGCGCUGACGGGGGCCGGGGCCGAGUUCGUGGCGGCGCCCGUCUUCGGCGCCCCGGCCAUGGCGGACUCGGGCGCGCUGGUUGCCGUGCUCGCGGGCCCGAGGGCGUCGGUGGACCGGGCGGGCGCCUACUUCAAGGGCGUGACGGCGCGCGCCGAGAUCGACAUGCGCGACCGGCCGGCGCGGACGGCGCUGACGCUCAAGCUCAUCGGCAACACCUUCAUCCUCAACAUGGUCGAGCAGCUGGCCGAGGGCCACGUGCUGGCCGAGAAGACGGGGCUGGGCACCGAGUACCUGCACCAGUUCAUCGAGAACCUCUUCCCGGGCCCCUACGCCGCCUACUCGACGCGCAUGCUGACGGGCGACUACCACAGGCGCGAGGAGCCCCUGUUCGCCGUCGACCUGGCGCGCAAGGACGCGCGCCACGCCAUGAGUCUGGCCAGCUCGGUCGGCGCCAGGCUUGGCAAUGCCGAGACGGCGGACGCCCACCUGGUUAUGGUCAAGGAGCACGUGGGCGCCAAGGGCGACAUUGCAGGGAUUUAUGGCGCCGUACGGAAGGAGGCGGGCCUGAAAUUUGAGAAUGAUGCGUAAACGCGACGGCGGUCAUUUCGGGGGCUGUAAAAGCUCAGAAGAUCAGAGCUUUGUACUUCAAUAUAUUGCCAAUAUUGUAUUUACAAAUGCUGAUAAAGGAGGAUAUUGUAAUGCGAAAGCAUCAAAGGCGUCACGCUCACCACAGAAAAGAUGGCAAUCCCUCCUGAACGACAGAAUGGGUACCAGGAAGGAAAACGAGUAGGAAUAGGAAUAAAAGCAGGGUAAUAAUAAGAAUAACAAGAAGCAAAAUCCCGGGGAAUGAUAAUGGUAGUAAGAAUAACGAUAGGAAUAAUGACAGAAAUAAAAAUAAG